CAGCAGAAGAUGCUUGGACCAAAAAUCCACAGCCAUUUUCAUUCAAGAAAAAGAGAGGAUCCACUGUGGACGGCUCGCUGACUUAUUGACUGACUGACUUGAGGGGUGGCCACACUACACACCCGGUUAUCCUUAUUUCCAUCUGGAGGACGGGGGGGGGAAGCUGUUUUUUGUCUUUUUUUUUUUUCUGUAUGUGUGUGUGUGUUAUAUUUUGUAGAAUUCGCAGCAAACCGGUUUUGUCCACAUCCAAAGACUGAAAACAGGAAUGAGUAUAGAAAUUCCUGAGGGACUGACGGAGCUGUUACAGAGCUUUACCGUGGAAGUGUUGAGGAAUCAGCCCCGGGAUCUGCUCGAGUUUGCGUUACAGUACUUCACCCGGCUGAAGGACAGCGAGACCAAAGAGGCCUCCUUUGGCAAUGACCAAAAUUCGGCCCCGAGAUCUGGGAAAGCGGUCAAUUUCAUUGACGAGGCCAUGCAGAUCGAUUCGGAGAACGGGGAGGAGGAGGAGGACGACGACGACGACGACGAGGAAUUCAUAGCGCCAGUGAUAAACAGAUUCAUCAGAAGAGCAUCGGUGUGUGCAGAGGCGUUCAACCCUGACGAAGAUGAAGACGAUAAAGAGCCAAGGGUUACCCACCCCAAAACCGACGAGCAGAGGCAGAGACUACAGGAAGCUUGCAGGGACAUUCUUCUGUUCAAGAACUUAGAUCCAGAGCAGAUAUCUCAGGUUUUGGACGCCAUGUUUGAAAAAUUCUGCACGGAGGGAGAGCACAUCAUUGAUCAAGACGAUGACGGGGACAACUUCUACGUCAUCGAAAGCGGGACGUUCAACAUUUUCGUGAAGAUUGAGGGCGCGGAGAAGCUGGUGGGCUCCUACGACAACAAGGGCAGCUUCGGAGAACUGGCGCUGAUGUACAACACCCCCAGGGCGGCCACCAUAAUUGCAACCUCGCCUGGAGCCCUUUGGUGCCUGGAUCGUCUUACAUUCCGGAGGAUCAUAGUGAAGAACAACGCCAAGAAGAGGAAGAUGUACGAAGCGUUCAUUGAAACUCUCCCCCUACUCACAUCUUUAGAGGUGUCGGAGAGAAUGAAGGUAGUCGACGUGCUAUCCACCAGGGUGUACAAUGACUCACAGCAAAUCAUUGCUCAGGGUGACUUAGCAGAUUGCUUUUACAUCGUCGAGAGCGGCCAAGUUAGGAUCACCAUGAAGAGAAGCCGGACAAAAAAGGACGAGGAGGAGGAAGAGGAGGUCGAUAUUGCCACGUGCACGAGGGGCCAGUAUUUUGGGGAGUUGGCUCUUGUCACAAACAAGCCCAGAGCUGCAUCGGCAUAUGCUGUGGGGAGUGUCAAAUGCUUGGUCAUGGACGUGAAAGCGUUUGAGAGACUCCUCGGCCCUUGCAUGGACAUCAUGAAGAGGAAUAUCGCUAAUUACGAGGAGCAGCUGGUGGCCUUGUUUGGAAGUAGCGCUGAGAUUGAGCAACAGAGUGCAUAAAGCGACUCCAAUGAACCAUGAAGGAGACGGCGGAAACAAAAAAAAAAAAAUCAAAACAAAACAAAAAAAUAAUCUCACUGUGGAUGUUUUCCACAACACUAUUCAAAACA